GGUUUUCAUUAUACAUCGGAAAAUAGUCAAGUGGCCUUUCUUUAUCUUCAAAUUUACUCCCCCCACCAACUUCUCUCACCAACCCUCAGAAAACUUCCCAGUGUGUACCACGCCACGCCACAAUGAUCAACCAAUCCACAAUAAGUCUCAAGCUCGAACCAGAAGCAUGAACACAACACAAUUAUCACGAAUCCGCCUUCAAAGAUGCAAGUGAAAAUUUUAGAAACAAAGUCCAUUCUUCCUUCCAGACAACCUUUUAACGAUGACCACGUUCUCCCUCUUUCCCACCUAGACAAUGACCCCAACCUCCGUGUCACCUUCCGUUACCUCCGUGUAUACGUCAGCAAACCCACUGAUAACCACCCCUUCAACGUCAUCUCCACCGCUCUCUCCCCCGCCCUGAUUCAUUACUACCCUCUUGCUGCCACCCUUCGCCACGUUAGCAACCAACGUCUCUCUCUGUUUUGCCAGGUGGGCCAGGGUCUCCCUCUUGUCAAUGCCACUGUAGACUGCACUCUUGAAUCUUUGAACCAUCUUGAUAACCCGGAUUCGGAUUUUGUGGAACAGUUAGUCCCCGACCCGAAUUCGGAGGAGGUGUUGGUUAAUCCCUGUAUUUUACAGGUCACGGUGUUCAACUGUGGUGGGUUCGCUUUAGGUGCUGCUAUACAUCACGCUUUGUGUGAUGGACUUGGUGCGACCCAGUUUUUCAAUGCGGUGGCUGAGUUGGGGCGUGGGGCUGCUCAAUUGUCUCUUCAACCGGGUUGGGACCGGGCGAGAUUGUUGAGUCCAAGAGAUCCGCCGAGGGUAGAAGGUCCUGUUACGGAGUUUCUAAGGUUGGAGAAAGGGUUUAAUCCUUAUAGUCAAGCGGUUGGACCGGUUGCUAGAGAAUGCUUUAAUGUGACAGAUGCGUGUUUGGAUCAGUUGAAACGUGCAUUGCUUGAGAAUUGUGGCUUGAGUUUUACCACGUUUGAGGCUUUGGGUGCCUUCUUAUGGCGAGCCAAGGUCAGAAGUUCAGGAAUUCCUGGUGAUGAAAAUGUGAAAUUUGCCUAUGCAACCAACAUUCGGAAAAUAGUAAAGCCUCCAUUGCCUUUCGGAUAUUGGGGCAAUGGCUGUGUUCCAAUGUAUGCGCAGCUUAGCGCCAGAGAACUUGUAGAGCAACCACUUUGGAAGACUGCUGAACUUAUAAAGAAGAGCAAAAACAACACCACUGAUGGUUAUGUGCGCUCUUUUAUCGACUUUCAGGAGUCGCAUUCUGGAGAUGGCAUCACAGCGGGUCAUGAAGUGAGUGGAUUCACAGAUUGGAGGCACUUAGGCCAUUCUAGUGUGGACUUUGGUUGGGGAGGCCCUGUUACCGUCUUCCCACUUUCAAGGCACCUUCUUGGCAGCGUUGAACCUUGCUUUUUCUUGCCUUAUUCCUCGGCAAAUGCAGAAAAGAAGGAUGGGUUCAAGGUCCAAAUCACUUUGCGCCAGACCGCCAUGCCUGCAUUUAUGGAAGAGAUGGAGAAGUUUAGUUGCAAAGAAUUUGGGUUGUCUUGAUUGCAAAUUGUCUUCUGAUUGGUAUUUGCUGCCAUGUGCACAACUGCGAUCCGAAAAUUAGCUAAGACAUGACAAAAUUAGCUAAGGAUUUAAUGAUAAUUCAAUAAAGUUGUUACUUAAUAUGAAAAUUCUAAAUAUUGAUA